AUGGAAAAGAAUUACGAUUCAAAGGCGAAAGUUCCACUAAUGCAAAGUAACAGUAUUAGAAAAAAUCACGAAGUUGAUUUUACAAAGAAAUCAACAAGACCAAUGUUUAACAAGCUUAUGAUUGGCACAGUGUUGUUAUUGUGUCUGCUAAUAGUCGAGGUGUGGUGUAUCACCAACACAGUGAAAAAUAUUGAUACGUUACGUCAUGAAGAUGGAAACAAGUCAGAGAAAACAUAUGGCUCUCACAAAGCUGGAUCAUCAGUGAUCUUGGAAAGCUGUGACAGAACAUUGCCUUGUCAUGUGAUGACGCAGGACAGUUAUGUCACAUUGCUGAAACUGAUGUACGCUAUAAAGUGGCAGUUUACAAGCACCAAAAGAAAGAGUAAAAACCCAAUGAAAAGUCUGAUACACUCUAACUGUUAUCAUUUCAUCGUAUCGGACUAUACAGAGGGUUCGUUGAGAUGGAUGAACAAUUACUACGGUUCUCAACUCGAAGGUAACGGAUCGGUUACAAUAACGGAGAAUGGAAUGUACGGAUUGUACAACACUAUGACCUUUGCAAUUCUUAAUCAACAGAACUUUGACAAGGCUGAAAUCUUUCAUAGAAUACUUCUGGAAUCUCCAGCUGGUAAUCGGAGCCUGGUCCUGUUUGAGAGGAAUAUCGUCCUGUUCCUUCGCAGUCAAUCCUUUGUCACCAGCAGCUUCUUCGGCUUCAAGUACUUACACGCAGAAGAUUGUAUUUAUCCAACAAUAUCAAACAAACAUUUUCUUUACGGGUCCCCAAUGGCAAACAUCUGGGGUGUUUUCCGGGUCAGGGAGGGCUCCAGGUUCUAA